UGGCUUGAUCCCAUUUAAAUGUCAUAACUACUUUUAAGAUAUAUAUUUUCCAAUUUGCAGUGUGAGAUACUCAAAGUAAUUGUAAAUGCUGGGAAAAGGGUAUGUGCAUGGUCAAAGUUUUGGCCAGAACUGGAACAGUUUCUUCCCUAACAGCUUCUUGCAGUCAAGAGGCAAUGUUCGACCCCGAGGCUUUGCAAGAAGUACCUUCAGAGACUGGCGUAAAAAUCCUCAAAUCGGUUGCUGUCGUGAUCUGAUUAGAAGGAGAAUAAUGGAAGCUUUCCCAUGGAUCAUGAACGUAAGACAGGACUGGGAAUCACUGGCGGUAGGCCUUGCAAAUGAUCUGGAGGAGAAUUUGUUCAUGGAGUCUGCUUCUGAGGUCGAGUAUAUGAACCUGGAGACUCUCAAUAUUCGGUUGGAGAUAUUGCUUUCUCGAAUGAUUGACAAAUCAAAUGCCACCGAAAGAUUGGAUGAAAGUGCAACUUCCUCAUUCCCCAUGUCCAGCAUUAUGCCAAGUGCAGGUUCAUUUGCUAGAGGCAACUCAAAUGCACCCCAUGCUCCUUCAAGUGACUUAAACAACCGUAAUGUUGCUUAUGAUGCGGUCUUGGACCGGUAUUUCUCAUCAGGAGGUGCAGUUGGGCUUCAGAAUGUGAACUUACCUGAGCAAUCAGGAUCUGUUGGUGUAGACCGGCAAGGAAUUGAUAAAGUGCUUAUUGGCUCCAACAAUGGGCCAAUGCAUUUUCCAGCUGCUGCAGCCGACACUGUCUCCUUGAUCAAGGAAACUUCAAGCAGCUCGAUCUACUUGGAUAAUAUUUCCCGUAACGCUGCUGCUUAUGGUGGAUCGGUCUUUCCUCAUGUUAGCUCGCAGUGUUGCAAUGAGGCUUUAUUUAAAGAUUAUUGCAUGGAGAAACAAUUUAGCUUUCAGCAGAACUUGCAAGUAUACAAUUAUAAUCAUGUGAAGCCUGUUAAUCCAUCGGAGUCAGAGGUCCCUUCUGACAGUCUUGUGCUUGAUUACUUUACCCGAUCCUCUCAGGCAUCAGAGCCUCGACUUCUUGAGCUCCCUUCAUACCAAUUACCAUCUUCUUUUCCUUUGAAAGGCGCUUUGCCAUCUUCAUCUGAAACUGCUACUAAUGCCGAGUCAAGUUAUCCGGCACACUUCCAUGCUCGUCAAUGUAUUGAUUGCUGUUCCGGAGGCCUACAUGUGCAAUCAGCUGUUUACAGUCGGCCAAUAUCCGGAUCCCCAGAAAUAGCGCCUCCCUGCCCAAAACGUCAGAAGAUGGAUGUUCUUUCUUGUUUCUCUUCAUCUAAGGUGGGAAGUUCUUGUGUACUUGAUCCAGUAAUGGCUCAAGACUAUGCUUCUGGAAGACUUCCAGGCUUGCAGCACUUGCCUGAAUCUCCCAUAUCUUUUCAAAAAGUAAUGGUGCUUGGAACUAAACCAAGUACAAUUCCCUCUGCAGAUACACAGACCACUUUUGAAACUAUUAAGAAUCUCUUGCAUCGUCCUUUUGUGCCAAAUAUAGAAAUUCAUGAUAGUCCAUCAGAAGAACUCCUGAAUACUUCUGUUGUGGAAGACUUGGACCCCGUUGACAUUGAUUCGACUGUCGCUGAUCAUUCAGUUGACUCUGUUGGUUUAAGGUCCAGCAGUCCGCACACUGUCUUUGAAGAGCAUAGAGCUGGUACUAAGGAGGUGGGACAUGAUUUGGGUGAGGAAAAUAGGGAAGUUGAGAACAAAACUUUGGCAAUUAUGGAUGUUACUAACUGGAGAGCCGAGUCAGAAAAAUCCAAGAUAAGAGGUGUUUCAUUGAUGGAAUUUUUCACCAAAGAGCAAAUAACGGAACAUAUUGCAUGCCUCAAGCGGUGCGUUCAUCAGCAGGUAUCAGAAAAGGACAUGAAAAAUAAUCUUCCGAAUUCCAUACGUGAGAAUUCAUGCCAGCUAUGUGGAGCAGACAAGCUUGUUUUUUCUCCAUCACCCAUAUAUUGUUCAUCAUGCAGCGUCUUAAUCAAAAGAAAUGGGGUUUAUUAUUGUACGUCAAAUGAAAUUGACGUACAAUGUACUUUCUGCGCAUCAUGCCACAAUUGCUGCAGAGGUGGGACCAUUAAGUGCGGGGGAAUUUCUGUUUCCAAGGCCAAGCUCCACAAGAGAAAGAAUAAUGAGGAAAUUGAAGAAUCAUGGGUUCAAUGUGAUAAGUGUGGAGCCUGGCAACACCAGAUUUGUGCCCUUUUUAACGAUAAAAGAAAUUUAGGAGGAAAAGCCGAGUAUAUAUGCCCCAUUUGCUCGUUAAAUGAAAUGGGAAAUGCUAUGCUCAUUCCACCACUGAAGGUUGGUAUUCUUAGAGCUGGAGAUCUACCAAGAACCAAGCUUAGUGAUUGCUUAGAGCAAAGAAUUCUAAGGCGUCUCAAGGAGGAGAGAGAACAGAGAGCAAAAGUCUCAGGAAAGGGCUUUUAUGAGGUUCCUGGCGCUGAAGAUCUUGUAGUCAGAGUGGUUGUCUCUGCUAAAAGAAAAUUAGGAGUGAAGAAGCAUUUUUUGGAUACCUUUCCUGACUUGAAUUAUCCAGCUGAGUUUCCGUACUGUUCAAAGGUAAUUCUUUUAUUUCAGAAGAUUGAAGGGGUAGACAUCCUCAUUUUUGGCGCGUACGUCCAAGAAUUUGGCUCGGAUUGUGGACAACCUAAUCAACGUUGUGUGUACAUCUCCUACCUUGAUUCUGUUAAGUACUUUCAGCCAGAGAUAAUGACUGUGACUGGAGAAUCACUCCGGACUUUUGUUUACCAUGAAUUAUUGAUUGGAUAUCUUGAAUGCUGCAAACAACGAGGUUUUGCAAGCUGCUUUAUCUGGGCAUGCCCUCCUCUGAAGGGAGAAGAUUACUUGUUUUACUGUCAUCCUGAAACUCAGAAAACACCACCCAAUCAGAAACUGCGGAAAUGGUAUCAGUCAAUGCUGCAUAAGGCAGUUGAAGAAAAUAUAGUCAUAAGCACUUCGAAUCUUUACGAUCACUAUUUUCUUCCUCCUCAAAGAGGUAUGACCAAGAUAACUGCUGCUCGUUUGCCAUACUUCGAAGGCGACUAUUGGUCUGCUUCUGCGGAGAAUUUGAUCAAGGAUAUUGAACAAAAAGAUGUGGAUGACUCGCAAAAGAAGGGACAAAAAAUUUCGUUAAGAAUUUUGAAAGCCAUGGGACAUAAAAGCUCUUCCGAUGGUGCCAAAAAAGACAUUCUUUUCAUGCAAAAGCUUGGGGAAAAAAUCCUGCCUGCCAAGGAAGACUUCAUAGUUGUCCAUUUGCAGUUUGUAUGCUCUCACUGCCGUGAAGUUAUAUUGUCUCCAAAACGAUGGUCCUGCAGUCAAUGCAAAAAUUUUCAGCUAUGCAAGAGAUGCCAUGAUACUGAGCAACUUCUCUGCGGAACUGACAUCCACAUGUUAAAUGAGAAAGUAAAACAUUCAGUCUCUGAGGCUCCAGUGAAUGGUUUGCCUUCUGAUACAGAGGAUGAGGAUACCGCUUUGGAAAAUUAUUUGUUCGAGAGUCGGCAUACAUUUUUGAAGUUUUGUCAAGAAAAUCAAUACCAGUUCAACACACUCCGACAUGCCAAGUAUUCCUCCAUGAUGAUCCUGCAUUACCUUGGCAACCCAAACAAUGUAAUCGGUGGGGCUUCCUGUAGCAUUUGCAGGAAGUUAACUGCAUUGAAGCAGAGUUGGAGAUGUGAGAUAUGCUCAGAGUUCAGUGUGUGCGAAGUGUGCUAUCAGCACAAGAAUUUUGUUCAUGAGCACCAGUUGACUCAAGGUUCUUCCCCUUCAGAUCAGCCCGAUCCUGGGACAUAGAGACAUAAUCUGAGGCUGAAACUUGUGGUAAUGGAUGUCAGCAUCAUCAAGCAUGCAGAACUACUACUCGCACGAAAAUCUGAACCUGGACCUUGGGGAAAAAGCGAUGCAAAAUGAGCUCAGAAAGCUAUCAUCUUUGAUUCCUCUGUAUAGUUGAGGAAGCCUCUUUGAGGAGCUGCGCUAUCAUCAAUGCUAGCAAAGCGACUAGUGGUUAAUCUGUCAUUUGUACAUGUAGGUAAUUCGAAAAGAUAGGGGACAUCUUUUGUGCCAAAAGUGAGGUGGUCACCUGUAUAUAAAACUGGAAUUCAUCCACCUUGAGAAUUAUAAGUGAGUUUUAACAUAAUAGAUCUAUUUUCAAGCAUUGAUCCUUUUGCGGAAAUAAACACAGUGACGUGAUGUAUCGUGACAUUAAAACGGGAGAAUCCGUAGUGAUCCAAUGUUUUUGGAGCUGACAUUCACAGAA